UUCCUAAUCCGGAGUUAAACGAAAAUGUAGAGCCAGUGCCAACGGUUGAAACAGCAGCACGAGCUAUGGGCAAAGAUUGUGCCAACGGAAUCUUUAGCCCUACAUGCUUGAAGAUCGAAGCUCUUUCUGUUCUUGAAAAGCUCAACUCCAAAGAAGAAGUGAACCUUUUACCUGGACUAAGUCUGGUCAAGGAACCUAGUAAAGAAAAUGGAAGUAAAGCUGAAGAAUUCGCUGCUGAGUUGGCGAGAGCUCUACCUUCGAAACCUGAUGAGAGAUUGGACAAGUACCUACUGUACAGGCUUGGGACUUAUUUGGACACACAUUCGGUGAAACUCAGGCUUUUGGAUGAAAGUACCACUGAAGAAGCAAGGGCCCUGAUUGGCGAGGCUAGGUCCAAACCCGGCGGUUUCGGUGGCGGAAAGAAAGGAGGCAUGGGUGGCCUCAUUGCCAUGGCUAUGAUGAUGAAAGGUACCCUCAUGUCAGUCGGUCUCGGCGGACUGGCAAUGCUCGCAGGCAAAGCCAUGAUGACGGCCAUGAUGUCACUUCUCCUCUCCGCCAUCAUUGGUGUCAAAUCCCUCUCCAGCGGAGGCAAGUCCACCACAUACGAAAUCGUCUCGAAACCCAUCUACAGCCACAGUCACAGCCACUCCACGGCUCAUGAAGAUGUAGGUGGUUAUGGACAUUCUGGGUACGGCAGGAAUUUGAAUGUUAGGAGACGUUGUGCCCAAGUAGCUGACAAUGAUCCCCUUUGUAUAGCUAUGCUAAUGCGCUGGGCAAGAAAUAGUGAUAAAAGUGACAAAAUGUAUAGCAAAUAUGCAGUGGUACUGUUAGUGAUUGUGUGUGCAAGCAGUUCUAAAGCUGUCAUCGAUGGACCGCAACCUAACAACAUAAACGAUGGAGUCAAAAAUACAACUGGAGACCGGACUGGAAGGACACUUCACAAAGAAUGUAGUGGAAGUCUCAGUGCUAAGUGUCUGAAGAUACACGUUCUGUCCUUUUUGGAAGAUUUAAACUCUCGCAAUGAGUUACCAAUUUUGCCGGGACUGAGCAUUAUAAAGGAGAAUCAAACGACAAACACGACACCUGAAGAACUGGCGGCGGAGUUAUCGAGACAGUUUCCAGGGAAGCCCGAUGAGAAGCUAAAUAGAUUCCUUUUGUAUCGUCUUAAGGAUUAUCUUGACGGACAUUCUAUAAGAUACAGACUGUUGGACCCAGAUACGUCUAAAAGGGCCAUGGACAUAGCUAAGGGUGACAAUGAAGUGGUUGGGAGGAAGGGUGGCGGCGGCGGCGGCGGCGGCGGUUUUGGAGGCGGCAAGGGUGGCGGUGGUGGUUUGUUGGCUGCAGCUAUGAUGAUGAAAGGUGCUAUGGCAGCUGCAGCUCUAGGAGCAUUAGCUCUCCUAGCCGGUAAAGCUCUCAUGACAGCGCUCAUGUCCCUACUCCUCUCAGCUCUCGUCGGUCUCAAAGGUCAAGGAGGUGGAGGACACACCACAUAUGAGAUCAUCACGAAGCCAGAAGUAUCUCAUCACCACUCCCACAGUCAUGAAGAGCAUCACGAACACGACCACGGACAUCAUGGUGGCUACAGAAGAGCUUACGAUGCUAACGGCUAUAACAGCUACAUGCCUUAUGAUACCACUAGCUAG